UGUGGGGGCGCCGAAGGCCGAGGCGUCUUCUCCCCCGUCCGGUCCCGGCCAUGGCGGCGGCGGCGGCGGCGAUGGCGGCGAUGGCGGCGGGUCCGGCGGGGGCGGCGGGGCGGGGUCCCCCGCGGGGAAGGGUGGGCUUCGUGGGCGCCGGACGCAUGGCCACCGCCAUCGCGCGGGGCCUCCUCCUCGCAGGCAAAGUGGAAGCCGGCAACGUGUUGGCCAGCGCGCCGUCGGACGGGAAUUUAUGUCAUUUUCGGAAACUGGGCUGCAGGACGACCCAUUCCAACACCGAAGUGCUGAUGAGCUGCUCCCUGAUCUUCUUUGCCACCAAACCCCACAUCUUGCCUUCUGUCCUUGCUGAGGUUUUUUCCGCCGUCACCGAGGAACACAUCCUUGUCUCUUUAGCUGCCGGUGUUUCCUUGCAGAUCCUAGAGGAGUUGCUGCCCCCGAACUCUCGGGUCUUGCGGAUCAUGCCCAACCUCCCCUGCAUGGUGCAGGAGGGGGCCGUGGUGAUCGCUCGGGGCAGCCGGGUGAAGAACGAAGAGGCGGAACUGCUGCGGGAGCUGUUGUCGGCCUGCGGGCUCUGUGAGGAGGUGCCCGAGUCCUACAUCAACAUCCACACCGGUCUGAGCGGCAGCGGUGUCGCUUACGUCUGCAUGUUCUCAGAAGCCCUGGCAGAAGGUGCCAUUAAGAUGGGCAUGCCAAGCGCCCUGGCCCACCGCAUUGCAGCCCAGACGUUGAUGGGUGCGGGCAAACUGCUGUUAGAGAGCGGGAAGCAUCCGGCUCAGCUGCGGACGGAUGUGUGCACCCCAGGCGGCACCACCAUCUACGGGCUCCACGCCCUGGAGCAAGGCGGGCUGCGCGCCGCCACGAUGAGUGCCGUGGAGGCUGCCACCGGCCGGGCACGGGAGCUGGGCAAGCGCUAGGGAUUCUGCCGCCGGCCUUCUCAGCCGCCGCCUCCUCCCUCUCCUCGCUCCACCGAAGGACCGCAGGGGAGCGUUUUCAGGGGGGGAAAGGGGAAGAUGCCGCCAGCUCUUAGGCGGGAAUGCCUUGCUUACCAACUGGCAUCCUCUCCUGGACGUGGACCUAGGGGUCUGCCGUACCCACGGGUGUUGGAAAACCUUCUCCGGGCAGAGCUUCGGUCACUGUCCCCUCGCUAGACCUUUAAUUCAGGCUGUGGGGGACGGUUGAGGACGCUUAAGGGACAGAAGAGACGUCGACGGGGGUUUCUUCGUCCUGGCAUCGACAGAGUAAGGACACGUCCGGCACCGCCAUCACUUUCCUAAGGAUUUUAGUCUUUUAGAAGUGCUUUCGGCUCGUGAGCCGGCAGAUGUGGACAGAGCCCGCGUGGAGUCCGAAAUGGGUUGGUUUUUAGGGAGCCAAGGUGGAAGACGGGGACUAGCUCUGAACUCUGCAUCCCAUUUCACCCACCUGGCUUCCCCGAGAAGGGGGAGGCAGUGACUCGCCCGCCUCGAUUGACGGACUGCUGAUCCCGGCAUUUUAGUUCCUCCUCACAUACCCCCAUCUCAGACAGACAGGGGCAGAACGCAGUCUUUGAAUCACGUAUCGGCCGAUUGCUUUUCACUGCCUCAGAUUCCCCAUCUCAGCUCUGAAGAAUAAAUGGAAAUUAAAAACCAAGUGAAACAGUC